AUGUCGCUGAUCAGCGAGUAUUCCUCCACGUACAGUAAAAGCCAACAAGAAGAAGAUACUCGCAGCAUACCCGAUUCUGUAUUCAGCAAUGUCCAGACAGCUUCCAUAAUCUCGCAACCUGAUCGUGACGCCGAAGAAGCCGAUGAGCGUUUACAAAGGGAAUUGUACUUUUUCAAUGGUGGCGCAUUAAAGGGGGCCCUCAACAAGCGCUUUCCAGGAACCUAUGACAAGAUCAAACCUAUCAUUGAAAAGUAUGGCCUCAGCAAUGACCAGCUAAACGUCAUAUUGGAUCUUAUUCUCAGUGGCAAACUUGGUCAAUUUGCUGCCAGGAAAAUGAUCAAGUUGCUCUUACCACGCCGUUUGAUUUCUUCACGACUCUUCAUCCGCAUCUUUGGAAAACUUUCAUGCCGUGAUAUGAACCCCACCAUUGUGGGAAGUCUGCUCAAUUGGGUUGUGUGUGUAUAUGAUUUGAUCGAGACGCCCGAGGAUGUUGUCAAGUUGUAUCCAGUCUUGUUCCAUUACCUUACCAUGGAAACUUUUAGACCACAACUUUGCCAUCUGCUCUAUUUCAUGACCAAGCGUGUACAUGUAAAGCGUCAUCGUAUUGAACGUCUCCAAGAGCUGGUUAGCAAGUUUGGAGCAGAACCUGAAUUAUACGGCUUGUUGAGCGUGUACAAGGGGUAUUAUCCUGAAAUCGAAUUGCCUCGAAGCGUGAAAAGAACAAAUUUCAUUUUCUCGCAUCCCGAUCCAGAAAUGAGAGACAACAUUGCACAAAUCCAAGCAUUUUGGCAGCAUCAAUAUCUCUUGAGCGAAGAAGGCUUACAUCGACCACCAGUACCAGGAGCGAGAAUGGUCAAACGCCGAAGGCUUGGAGCGAAACAAUCCGCCAUCUUUGAAAUCCCCCAUGCAACCACCACCCGUCAACAAUUGGAUUCGGUUACUAUCAAUCAAUUUACGGACACGGGUGGACUUGCCAGGAUGAUUGAUCGACUAGAAUUACCAGAUCGGAUGGCUGCUGUUCUCAACAAUCGUCUCUUGCAACAUGUGCUUAUUUGCUGUAGUGAUGAUACAUCUAUUCUACGGAUCAGCUAUUGGCUAAGCAACACACUACAGAGCUUGAUGAGAUGGCAUUAUACGGAGACAUCACACGAGUACUUCAAGGACUUGCUGGUCAAGUUAAUCACCAUGACGCGUUUGACUCGGGCACAUCUUCCCAUUGUAGAAGCCUUCCUUGAGAAGUAUAUAAGCAGUUGGAAUGGUAUCGACUUUGUUGAUGAGAUCUUUGAGCUGUUGACCUAUGUGCGACCACUUGCGUUUGAAGACUUGGAACACAACUAUCUGAGGCCGCUUUAUCAGCUGUUUUGUGUAUCGGAUGUGACGUGGAAGUCUCGUCUCCUUCUUUGCUAUACAUCGAUGGUCAAGAAUUGGGCUCUUAUCGACUGGCGCUCUCAUGGUCAACGACGAAUGGAUCCCGACCUUGAUACAGAGGUGGAUAACAUGGUUUGGUUAUUCCGUGGCCUUGAUUUUGACGUCGAGUACUUUUCCUCAAUCCAUCAUCUCAUUCAACACGUGGAUCGCAUCAGUGCACUUGGGCUAGUGAUGGAAAGUGAUCAUCCUCUCUUACAACACGCCUGUUUAUCGUUUUUUGAGCUGGUGUCCUCGAUGUCUUUGGCACACGACAUUCCCGAAAUCAUUAUUCCUGCGGCACCGGUUGUGUAUCGCAGCUUCUUUUCAAAUACGGGUAUGGCGUUAUCACGUAUUUGUGGCAUCAUUGCUCAGUACAAGCGGGCGUUUGAGGAGAAUGACAAGCAAACAGGAGAUUGGGUCGCACGGCACACUGCAGAAUACCUCGACAAUUUCAAUUCCUAUGUGAUGGAUGUAUGCUCUUCGCUAUGGGCCAAUGUUUCACAUCGACGCACCAAUCCUGAUUAUAUACCCUUUUCUUUGUCACAAGCCAAUUACGACACGUUUAAAGCAAUGGUCGAGGAGCGCGGCCAAUCCAUGGAGCUCGCAUUAUCUCUUACACAUACCACCUGCUUGGCAGGGUACUCGAAAAAGUUCUUGGCUGAUUGGAUGAAUGAAGAUAAUAUGGAUAAUUCUGCGCAUGAUGGGCCUGUUACACCACAGUUACUGAAAGCGAUGGGCAGCACGUUGAGUUACAAUGAGUAUUGCGUUGAAUUCCUCGAGCACUUGAAUCACCUUGGUUUCCAUGGCAUCUAUGAUCUCUUAUACAGCACCAUUGGGUCUCUUAUCGAUAGAAGAAAGCAGUUGAUGGAAGAAGAUGUAAAUGAAGAACAUGAAUAA